GGCAGAGGCCGCGCGAGCGAGCGACAGAGGAGAGACCAUGCCGGACCGGAGGAGCCAUGCAUGGAAGGACCAACUCUGAGAUCAUUCCCCAUUCCCCAUCCUUCUUCUCCGCCGAUCCCCCCAAAGGCCGUCGUCUCCCAGGGGGCGCUCGCUCGCCGGCCGGCCGGUGAAAUCGAUCGAGGAAUAAAUCAAUCAAUAAAACCUAGGCGCGCGCGGGGUACGACGGGCGCCGAUAGAUGAGCACCGCUGGGGAUGAGGCCGCCGGCGGCGCGGCGGCGGCGGGGGCUGGGGCGACGACGACGCGGGCGCCGAGCAUGGCGUCGUCGGCGUCGCUGCGGCACCGGGCCAUGAGCGCGUCGUCGAAGCUGCUCCGGAGCUCGCUGAGCCGUCGGGCGUCGCAGUCGGGGCGGCAGCGGAGCAGCAAGGUGAUGUCGGUGGCGAUCGAGGACGUGCGCGACGCGGAGGAGAUGGCGGCCGUGGACGCGUUCCGGCAGACGCUGGUGCUCGAGGAGCUCCUCCCCGCCCGCCACGACGACUACCACAUGAUGCUCCGCUUCCUCAAGGCCCGCAAGUUCGAGAUCGACAAGAGCAAGCAGAUGUGGUCCGACAUGCUCCAGUGGCGCAAGGAGUUCGGCUCCGACACCAUCAUCGACGAUUUCGAGUUCGAGGAGAUGGACGCGGUGCUGGAGCACUACCCGCAGGGGCACCACGGGGUGGACAAGGACGGCCGGCCGGUGUACAUCGAGAAGCUGGGCGCCAUCGACACCACCAAGCUGCUGCAGGUCACCAGCAUGGACCGAUACGUCAGGUACCACGUCAGGGAGUUCGAGCGCGCCUUCGCCGUCAAGUUCCCGGCAUGCUCCAUCGCCGCCAAGCGCCACGUCGACCAGAGCACCACCAUCCUCGACGUCUCCGGCGUCGGGUACAAGAACUUCAACAAGGCCGCCAGGGAUCUCAUCAGCCGCCUCCAGAAGGUCGAUGGGGAUAACUACCCUGAGACGCUGUGCAGGAUGUUCAUCAUUAACGCCGGUCAGGGGUUCAGGCUCCUAUGGAACACUGUCAAGUCCUUCCUUGACCCCAAGACCACAGCCAAGAUCCAUGUCCUCGGUAACAAGUACCAGAGCAAGCUUCUGGAAGUGAUUGAUCCCAGUGAAUUGCCUGAGUUCUUCGGGGGCACCUGCGUGUGUGAAGGCGGUGGUUGCAUGAAAUCCGACAAAGGACCAUGGAAGGACCCUGAAAUCAUGAAGAUGGUCCAAUGUGGCAUGGGGAGAUGCGGAAUGAACAGCUCGGACCCUGUCGCCGCCGAGGAGAAGACGAUCACCGAGGAUGACACCGCACCGGCCCCCAAGAAGCAAGAUUCGAUGCGCCGUGACCGUGACUCGGCCGAUUCUCCCAAGGUCCCACGCGAAAAAAUCGAACACCCGCAGAUGUCCCCCCUCCAUGAGAUGGCAACUGCAGAGACAAAGGCUCCUGCAGCCAAGGAGGGCAGCUCAGCGCCCUACGAUGAACUCUUUGAGAAGAACAUGGAUUUCAACUGGAACGGCGAGGUCAGCGCCGAGAAGCUCGCCCUCGCCAGAGAUAUGUACGCGUCGCUGCCGGACGCGUACAAGCACGGCGACGCGGGCGACCGACAGGUGGUGACGGGGUUCAUGGCUUUCGUGAUGGGGGUGGUGGCCAUGUUCCGGGUCGGCAAGAUCGCGCCCAAGCGCGCCAUGGACGCCGCCAUGGGCAUCGCCACCAUGGAGGCCAUGGCCAAGAACCGCAAGCUCCUCCAGGCCCAGCAGCACGGCGGCGGUGGUGGCGGGGGCGGCGGCGAUUGCGGCCCGGGCGUGUCGGUGGCGCAGUACGAGGCCCUCGUGAAGCGCGUCGGCGACCUCGAGGAGAAGAUCGCCGCCAUCGGUGCCCGCCCCCCCGAGAUGCCGGCCGAUAAAGCCGAGCUUCUCGCCACCGCCACCGCUCGGCUCGAGGCCCUCGAGACCGAGCUCGACACCACCAAGAAGCUUCUGGAGACGUCGAAAGGGCAGCAGGAGGAGGUGCUGGCCUACAUCGAGAAGAAGAAAAAGAAGAAAGGGAUGCAGAACCCGUUCCGUUGGUGAAGAAAGGGUUGACAGACGACGACGAAGAUAUUCAAUCUGGAGCAGCAAAGAAGCAGUGGAAAGAAAGGAAGGAGAUGCUCAAUCUGGAAGCCGCCGAGGCGAGCCAAGUGCACACCAUUUUUUGGAACACGCGGAUUUUGUUUCCCCAACCAUAUUCGGGCGGGGAAUUUGAACAGCUGCUUUGCUUUGUGUGACAUUUACCCGCCGUUCCAAACAUAUGCUGACCGCUAUCUUGUUGAAACAUAUUUAUUUGUGUGUUUGUAUAGAUUGUAAAGCCAUUUUUUUUUGCCUUUGAAACUCUGCUCAAUGCGGGCUUGGAUACAUACCAUGUGAUAUGAGUAAAAGGCUAGAAUUGAUCAUU